AUAAAAAGGCUAAAUUAGACCAAUUCACUACUAAAAUUUCGGAAGCCUCUCUCUGGCUUUCUCCUCACAGAGAAAUCUUUCUUCAAUUUGGGGAUCUUGCUCUCGCCGAUUUCAGUCUCCGCUUGCGCAAGUGAGCAAAAGGAUCGUGUAAGAUUGAUAACACAGAGUUUGGAAUUUCCUUUUCAUGUGAAAAUUUUGCACUGAGGAGGAUUUGAAACAUGUCAAGUAAGAAGGAAGAGAAAGCUCAGGCUGCAGCUGAAAAAAUCAAGGCUGCAGCACUGAGUGCUGCAAAAGGUCUUAGUCGAGCUCAGGCAGAGCGGGCAGCAGCUGCAGCAGCUCGAAAUGUUAAUGCCUAUGGCCAGAAGGAAGAAGGACCAAGCAGAUGGCAGGAGAAAAGGGAGGCAAAGAGGCAAAUGUAUUUGAUGAGUACUGAAAAAGCAGUGAAACUUGGUGAAAGAAAAGACAAACUUACAAUGUCCACCAUUGGUGGCACUGCUUCCCAGUGUCAGAAGUGCUUCCAAUCUGGUCAUUGGACAUACGAGUGUAAGAAUGAGAGGGUUUACAUCUCGCGUCCCUCUCGAACGCAACAGCUUAAGAACCCUAAAUUGAGGAUGAAGCUCUCAAUCCCAUAUGAUUUGGAUAAUCCAGUUAUGAAGGAGGAUAAGCCUGAAAAGAGUUCAAAGAAGAGCAAAAGGAAGCAUCGAUCAGAUUCUGAUGCUGGUAGUGAUAGUGAGGCAUCAGUUUUUGAGACAGAUAGUGGAUCGUCAUCUGUUACAGGAUCAGAAUAUUCUUCAGCAGAAAGUAGUUCGGAUUACAGUUCCUCAUCAGAUUCUGGAGAAGAGAGAAGGCGACGGAGGAAGAAAAAGAAGCAAAAGAAGGGAAAGCACAGGCGGUACAGUUCAUCUUCCGAGUCUUACGAUUCAGAAUCAGCUUCAGUAUCUGAUUCUGACGACAAUAGAGGCAGCCGGAGAAAGAGCAGGAGACACAGCAGAAGUCGUUGAAGGAAAAGGGAAUUAGCCAUUUGCAAUGUCUCAUCCGUUAUGGUUGUGUGUCAUAGAUACUUCUUCGCAGGCGUUUUACCAUUCUUGCACUCACUCGUGUGAAGUAGUUCUGUUGGAUGGAAGUUCUAGAGCGGUUAGUACGGAGAAUUGUACUGUCUUUAAUAAGUUUGGUAAAUUUGUCUUUUAAGAUUUUGAAUCAUGAUGUAAUAAUUUAAAAAUUUCAGUAGAUGUUUUGUUAGUAUUUGUUCUGAUAGUUGGAUUUUCAGAUGUUCUUGAAAUUUCAGACUAGUGUUUGUUA